AGGGAUCUAAACUCAAACGUUGUAAGUCUGAGCGUCAACAAAUGCAACACAAGCAGAAGGCGAACAUGGCAGCCGGUGUUAAAGCUAAACAUGGAUUACUAAACGUCAAUAUAUUACAGAUGUACAGUUUUUGUAGAAAAAUAGCACGGGAAAACGUUUGUAUUCAGCAAGUUACUUGUAUACAAAGCGCAAGAGCGUCAACAAAUGGGACCGUAAGCUCUGAUAACAGUGAAAAGUACUGUCUGGAUCUGGUGAGGUCCAGAGAUUAUGAGGGCUUCCUGUGCUCCCUUCUCCUCCCGAAGGAGGUGUGGCGCUCCUGUCUGACACUAAAGGCCUUCAAUGUUGAGCUAGCUCAGGUGAAGGACUCGGUUUCACAGAAGACCAUCGGUUUGAUGCGGAUGCAGUUUUGGAAGACGGCUUUAGACGACAUCUAUCGCGAUGAGCCUCCAAAGCAACCAGUCGGCUCUGAACUGUGGAAGGCGGUGAAGAGACACAACCUGACAAAACGAUGGCUGCUGAGGAUCGUUACUGAGAGAGAAAAGGAUCUUGAUGACAGAGCUUACAGAAGUCUGCAGGAGCUGGAGACGUAUGCAGAGAAGACGCAGUCGUCAUUAAUAUACCUGCUGCUGGAGUGUUUAGGUGUUAGGGAUGUUCACGCAGACCAUGCAGCGAGUCACAUCGGGAAAGCUCAGGGAAUUGUAACGUGUUUGAGAGCAAUUCCCUACCACAGCAGCCGGCGGAAAGUCUACCUGCCGAUGGACAUCUGCAUGCUGCACGGAGCGUCGCAGGAAGACUUCAUCCGUGGCAGCCGGGAGCAGAACGUGCGAGAUGUUGUGUACGAUAUCGCCAGUCAGGCUCAUGCACAUCUGCAACAUGCACGGUCUUUUAGCCACAAUGUUCCAGCGGCGGCCUUCCCAGCCUUCCUUCAUACAGUGGUGUUGGAAGACUAUCUUCAGCGAGUGCGGAAGGCUGAUUUUGACGUUUUCCACAAGAGUCUGCAGAACAGGAAUCCUCUCCUGCCCGUCCAGCUGUACCUCCGCUCCUGGAGGAACACUUACUGACUUCAGCCGAGCUCUUCGCCAGUCAUCACAGUUUCUAUGCAGCCGCUGUUCACCGCAGAGCUGAAGACCAGAGACUUCACUGUCUGAUUCUGUCUACGAGUGGCCCUUUGAGCAGGACUCUCGGAUACUGCCAAUAAAGUCAGCCUUUCCCGUCAAAUCCCACAAGAUGUGCUCCUCAUACCAGCUUUUGUUGUUGGAGCCAAGAGAACACUGUGUAUUUAUCCAAGAAAUUAUUGUAUUCAGAAAUCCACAAAUAAAUGUAAGACUUGUCCUCUGCAAGCUUAAAGGAUUAUCCUAAAUGUUU